CAACAUGCAACGAGCUAGAAUCAAGCUAGCCAAGGCCACCUCUUUCGUCAUCUUCUUCGAUCUAUAUUUACAUGUGCCUUCAGUGCUUCUUUCUUCAUCAGCUCGAUCGUGAAAAAACAAAUUAAGUGGAUCGGAAGAAUUAAGAACAAGGCUAGGAGAGCUCAUGGCACUAACAAAUGGCUCUUCCUGUUCCCUUGGGAGCACUUACUCCAAGUUCAAGCCACACCUCCUCAUGGCUCUGGCUCAGUUGGGCUAUACUUUUCUAUAUUUUAUCACUGAAGCUUCUUUCAAUCAUGGAAUGAAUCCUCAUGUCUAUAUUACUUACCGACAUAUUGUAGCUGGUGUAGUGAUGCUCCCUUUUGCCUAUUUUCUUGAGAGAAACAUCAGGCCGAAGCUGACAUUCGCUCUUCUAUUGGAAAUUUUUGUCCUCUCUCUCCUUGGGGUGGGUUUGACUCUGAACAUGUACUUUGCAAGUUUGAGAUAUACCUCCCCAACCUUCGUUGCAUCAAUGGUUAACACCAUAGCUUCCAUGACUUUUGUAAUAGCAGUUGUAUUCAGGUUGGAGGUUCUUGAUCUCCGAAGCCGUCGAGGGAUGGGGAAAGUUUUUGGGACGUUGAUUUCCCUGGCUGGUGUAAUGACCAUGACUCUAUACAAGGGGCCUCUGAUGAGAAAUCUAUGGCACCCUCCAAUCCAUGCUCAAGGGAAAACUGCCACCCACGAGAACUGGUUAAAGGGUUCUCUUCUUACUGUUGCAAGCUGCAUAACAUGGUCCAUAUGGUACAUUAUGCAGGCAUUUACAUUAAAAAGAUAUCCUGCUCAACUGUCACUGACUGCAUGGAUGAGCUUUAUUGGAGGAGCACAAUCAGCUGUGUUCACACUGAUCAUAGAACAUAAACGAGCUGCUUGGGCCAUAGGAUUCAAUAUUGACUUCUGGUCCACCAUAUACGGUGGAGUUGUAGUUUCUGGUUUGAUUAUCUUCGUUCAACUGUGGUGCACGGAAGAAAAAGGACCAGUUUUUGUGACCAUGUUUAAUCCUCUUUCAACAAUAUUAGUAGCAAUUCUGGCAUACUUUGUCCUUGGCGAAAAACUGUACAUGGGCAGCAUACUAGGGGCAGUAAUCGUCAUCAUUGGCCUAUAUAUGCUGCUGUGGGGUAAAGAUGGUGACCCACAAGUUCACAACGAUUCGCAAGAACAAAAUUAUUCCACUUACAAAGAGCAAAAGGAUGACGACACGCUGAUGGUUACUUCAGCUCACAAGGAAGGAUCGAAGUGCGAACCUUAAAAAUUAAAUCACUCUCCUCUGAUCAUAAGCAUAGAGAAAGGUGUCAUCAUGAUGCAACACCUAUGAAAAUAACGAAAGAAACCCAAUUGAAGGACAGAGAAAGUCAAGGGAGGAAUUCCAAAAUCAACUUUUGCUUCAAAGAUAACGGAAGGGCUGAGAAAAUAAUCCCCUGCACUAUGCGAGUUUAUUCAGCAAAUUAAGCUAAGUAACUCAGAUUGAGAGAUGAAAAUUGAAUAUCUUUAUGUAACCUUCCCUCAAAUUCCUAUAAAUCACAGAAUCUUCUACA